AUGGAUGGGGAGAGCCCCCUGGAGCCCCCUGCCAUCAUGCAGUGCGUGGGUGUGAACAAAAUCAUCAAUGCUAAACCAGAAGCCGAAUCAUCAGUCAUGGUGGGUGAGAACUGUCUUGAGCAAGAGGAUGCUGUGCUGGUCAGCAUGACCCUCCCCAAAGUGGCAAAAGAGGAAGCAGUGCAGAAUAACAGCACAGCAGGUGAAAAAGAGCCUGUUGUAGGGGAAGCCCCACCUGAACCCAACAGCUCAGACACUGGAGGGAAAGACUCUGUCUCUUCCAAAGACAGUUUAGACAAGAAGCGAAAGAAAGGCAGGAGAGCGCUUGAGACAUCGGACCGAUGUCUUCGAAGCCAGCAAUCCCAGGCACCUGCUGAGGACUCUGGUUCUUCCAGCUUGGUGCAGCUUCCUUGCCUUCAGAUCAAACUCCCCAAGAGCCCUGGUGCUAAGCGGUUCAAGAGAGAAGUGCAGCUGGAUGAGGUAGCAUCCAUACACUUCCCAAAUGACUGCUUCCCCAAUGUGCUGCUCAAAACCAGCGAGGGACCAGGAGCUGGCCAGGCUUCAGAAAGCAUCGCUGAGCAGCGGCCAGGCGAGGAGAAUGGUGUCAUUACCAGACAAACCUAUAAAAGCAUCUUAGCAAAAGAGACUGCUGCAGAGGGAGAGAAUUCCUCUAAAGAUGACUUCUCUGCUAACAGCAGCCAAAGUCAACCAGGUGAGAUGCUGGAAAUCAGCAUCCAGGCUGAUUCUGAGAAGAACAGCAUUCUCGUCCCUCUGGAGAGCAAUGUUCCUGCAAAUGAUGCUGAGCAAGUGGAUGUGAAACCAGGCAAUGCCAGUGCAAAGGUUGAGGAGAGCUCUGAAAGUGCCAGGGAUAUGGGCAAGCCGGUGAAGUCCGAACUGGUGACCGAUUCACCUCCAUGUCCCAGCAGCAGAAGUGGAAGCAAGCAUCUUCCAGCAAAAACUGCAAAGCAUAAAAAGGUUGCUCUGCAGUUUUAUAAUUUACGACAUGCACCCACACCUGUAGACACUGCAAAAAAGAGCACACCAGGGAAGGAGUCUAUGCAAGCAAUCCCCAAAACAAGGGACAAACACAGUUCAGGGAAUGAUGACUGCCCAGCAUUGGAGGAUAUAGACAUGGUUGACAGCAAACCAAAGUUCAUGGAGUGGUGUGCUGAAGAGGAGAACCAGGAGCUCAUUGCUGAGUUCAAUGCUCAGUACAUGAAAAUUCAGAAGGGCUGGAUUCAGCUGGAGAAGGAAGUGCAGCCAACCCCUAAGGUAAAAAACAGAGCUGACAAACUGAAAGAGAUCUGGAAAAGCAAGAAAAGAACACGGAAAAGUAGAGGCUCUCUGGAAGUGCAGAAGCUUUCCCCUGUCCAGAUGCUGUUUAUGAAGGCCUUUAAGCUAUCCGACAUAUGCCAGUGGUUUCUCGAGACGACUGAAACCAGGUCACUAGUGAUUGUGAAGAAGCUCAACACCCGUCUCCCAGGGGAGAUUCCCCCCAUCAAAGUCCCCAUGCAGAAAUAUUCCUCCUCCAGUCUCUACCCCAGCUCACUGCAAGCUGAACGUUUGAAAAAGCAUCUCAAGAAGUUCGCUGCCACUACCCCGGCUCGGAAUAACCUGAAGAACCAAAAGCUUUGGGCUAAAAUUCGUGAGAAUGCUGAUAAAGCAGAAGCUGAAGAAGCCACCACUGCCAACCAGACAUCUCCCACCGAUGCCAGCACCAAGGAGCUCAGUGAAGACAAAACCAUCCAACCUGCCCUCAGCUUGCCCACACAGGCCAGCACCAGGAUUCUGCGCAAGUACUCCAACCUGCGGGGCAAACUGCGAGCGCAGCACCGCAUGGUGAAGGCAGAGAAGCGGAGCGAUGGCCCAGGAGACCAUCUGUCUCUGGAGAGCAAGCAGAGCAGGAAGACUGACCUCCAGCUCAGCAGAAAGAAAAGGAUGCUGAAGGAGAGUGGCAGCAUGCAGGAGCGAUCCAGCUCCUCCACCAAGGACAAGCUGCCUGCCAAGAAGGCCAGUAAAAUAAAGCAUUCAGAGGUCAGCACAAAAGCUCCAGCCACCCGAAAGCAGGCUGCCAUGGAGAGGAGCAAUAAACUGGACAGAAAAAUGUCUUUGAAAGAAAAGAAAGUCCCAAAAAGGCAGCUGGAGAAGGUGCGGCUCCCCAUGCGGCAGGGCAAGGAGAACACAAGCAGACGGGCCGUGCUGCCCCACAGCCAUGAGGAACUGUCCAAGUCCCUGAAGCAGAAGCCCCUGGGGGAGUCCUCCACACGGUCGCAGAAGAUGGCCAACAAGAAGCACAACAGUGGGAAGACCCUGACAAGGUCCAUGAAGAAGAUGCAGGAGAGCAGCGUGUCACAGGGCAAGAGGAAGCUGAGGGCAAAAGUGGACUGUUCACACAGCAAACGCUCACGACUGGACCCGAAAUAG